GUUUUUUCAGGAGGUUAUGAGAUGGUCCGGUACUCCAGUCGUGGCAAAAUUAAGCUAUUGGAAGCCUCGUAAUGAUGAUGGUGAUGUACAAUGCCUGAUCAGGACAAAAAGUUGAAGAGCACAGAAAAAGCAACAGACAAAAAACCUCAUGGGAUCUCUACUAGGGAUUUUUCUGAUCUUAAAAGGCUUUGGUCUCUCUUACAUGUUCAGUCAAGCAAACAACAGCUUCCAGCUAUUAAUUUUGAAAGUGGUCAAACCAGCAUGACAAAAUCUCAGCAAUAUAUCAUCAAGAGUAAUGGACAAAAAAAACAUAGUCAAUGGCAAGGAUCAAUUGAAUCUGUUGAACUUGAAAACUUUAGCGUGAGCUACCAGAAUGAGAGAAAUUUUAGCAAACAUCCCAAACAGAAGCUAUUUCAAGAGAUCUUUGCAACUUUAGUUAAGAACAGGCUUACCUGCAGGGAAUGGGUUAAUCAAGCUCCAUCCACCCAUUUUCUGAGAGUGUUAAUCUGCCUGAGAUUAUUAAUAAGGGAUCCAUGCUAUCGGGAAAUGCUUCACAGCUUGGGUGGGAUUGAAAGUCUAGCUCAGUGUAUGGAAACAGUAGCAAAUGGCUAUCUUGAUUAUGGAGAAGAGCAGCAUAAUGUGGACAAAUUGGUCAACAUGAUGUAUAUUUUUCAAAAGCUUGCUGCCGUUAAAGAUCAAAGAAAAUGGGUUAUAGUGAGUGGAGCACAUAAGACUUUAGUAAAUUUGUUAGCUGCUAGAGACAGCAAUGUGCUUUUGGGGGCCCUCCUUGCUCUGAGUAGCCUAGCAGAAAGUCCAGAAUGUAGGGAGAAGAUAAGUGAACUCAUCGUUGUUGAGAACUUGCUGGUGAUAUUGCAUGAAUAUGAUUUACUUCCUAAAAGGCUCUCAGCAGAGUUGUUACGACUCCUCUGUGCAGAGUCACGAGUCAAAGAGCAAGUAAAAAUGUAUGAAGGAGUUCCAGUCCUGCUCAGUUUGCUCCAUUCUGAUCAUAUCAAGCUUCUAUGGAGUAUAGUUUGGAUUCUGGUACAGCUUUGUGAAGACCCUGAGACUAGUGUGGAAAUCCGAAUUUGGGGCGGAAUCAAGCAGCUCCUUCAUAUAUUACAGGGCCAGAGAAAUCUUGUUUCUGAUCGCUCUUCAAUUGGAGGUUUAUCUAGUGCAAACGCAGCAGGGAGAAUCCAACAUCUUCAUUUGUCAGAAGAUUUGAGUCCUAAUGAGAUACAAGAAAAUACUUUCUCUCUAAAGGCAGCUUGUUGUGCUGCAAUUACUGAACUGGUGCUCAAUGAUACUAAUGCUUACCAAGUAGUACAGGCAAAUGGAAUAUAUACAAUAGCAAAGCUGAUUUUACCAAACAAAGAAAGUUGUGCUGAGAAAGCUAAUUUAUUACAGUGCUAUGCUUUCAGAGCCUUGAGAUUCCUUUUCAGUAUGGAAAGAAAUAGACAUCUCUUUAGAAGACUUUUCCCUACUGACUUAUUUGAAGUCUUCAUUGAUAUUGGACAUUAUGUUCGUGAUAUCAGUGCUUAUGAAGAGCUAGUAUCAAAGCUAAAUUUAUUAAAGGAUGAUGAACUGAAGCAAAUUGCUGAAAGCAUUGAGAACAUCAAUCAGAAUAAGGCACCUACAAAACAUAUAGGCAGUUAUGCAAUUUUAGAACACCUUGGCAGUGGAGCUUUUGGAAGUGUAUAUAAGGUUAGAAAACAUAGUGGACAAAAUCUUCUAGCAAUGAAAGAAGUCAAUUUACACAAUCCAGCAUUUGGAAAGGACAAAAAAGACAGAGACAGUAAUGUAAAGAACAUCGUUUCUGAACUAACCAUCAUUAAAGAGCAGCUUUAUCAUCCAAAUAUUGUACGCUAUCAUAGAACCUUCUUGGAAAAUGACAGGUUGUACAUAGUCAUGGAGCUCAUAGAGGGGGUGCCACUGGAAGAACACUUUCAUUCUUUGAAGGAAAAGCAACAGCAGUUUACAGAAGAAAGAAUAUGGAAUAUAUUUAUCCAACUCUGCCUAGCUCUUCGUUAUUUGCAUAAAGAGAAAAGGAUUGUUCAUCGAGAUCUCACUCCAAACAAUAUCAUGCUGGGGGAUAAAGAUAAAGUUAAAAUUACUGACUUUGGUCUCGCAAAGCAAAAGCAAGAAAACAGCAAACUCGCAUCAGUUGUUGGAACCAUUCUGUACUCCUGCCCUGAAGUUGUAAAGAGUGAACCGUAUGGAGAGAAGGCUGAUGUCUGGGCAGCAGGAUGCAUCCUUUAUCAGAUGGCAACUCUGAACCCACCAUUUUACAGCACCAAUAUGCUCUCCUUGGCAACUAAGAUAGUAGGGGCUGUGUACGAACCUGUGCCAGAAGGAAUAUACUCUGAAAAAGUAUCAGUUACGAUUAAAAGGUGCUUAACUCCUGAUGCAGAGAUACGUCCAGACAUAGUGGAAGUCACCUCACUGGUGUCUGAGGUGAUGAUGAAAUAUUUGGAUAUUUUAUCCACCUCCCAUCUCAUGUUGGAGAAGAAACUGGAUCGGGAAAGGACACGCACUCAGAGGUACUUCAUGGAGGCUAAUCGAAACGCAGUAACUUACCACCGUCAGCUUUCGAUUUUAUCAGAAGAACGUUAUGAAAAGUCAAAUAUUCGUAGCAGCAGCAGUGGAACAGCCUGUUGCAAAUGUGAGUUUUCAGAAAACGCAGACCUCCCAGCUGACAGCUCUCAAUCUACGUGUGGAAAAGAUGAGGACAGCAGUGGAACAGCCUGUUGCAAACAUGAGUUUUCAGAAAACGCAGGCCUCCCAGCUGACAGCUCUCAAUCUACGUGUGGAAAAGAUGAGGACAGAACUUAUGAAGAACUCCUGACAGAGGACGACAGCGCUUUAGAGAACUCUGAGAAAGAUGCGUUCUCUGAAUUAGAUGAUGAGCUGGACAUAUCAGACAACUCAGGCAACUCCAGUUCAAGUGCUUUGAAAGAGCCUGCUUUUGGCAUAAUUAAACCAAGUUUUAAUACUUCUGAAAGACAGCCUCGGAUUAGAGAUUACAUUGGAGGCCUGGGAUCAAGACUGCGGCCAGCAUCGGCAGGAAUUGCUGUAUCACAAAGGAAGGUGCGUCAGAUCAGUGACCCUGUUCAGCAGAUUCUUAUUCAGCUCCACAAAAUUAUCUUCAUCACUCAACUUCCUCCAGCUUUGCAAUGCAACUUGAAAAGGAGAGUCAUCGAGAGAUUCAAGAAGUCCCUCUUCAGUCAGCAGAGCAAUCCUUGUAACCUGAAAUCAGAAAUGAAAAAGCUGCUCCAAGGUUCUCCUGAAAUGAUUGAGCCCAACUUCUUCACAGCAGAUUGCCAUGCGUUACUUCUCUCUUCAGGUAGAGAUAUAUUGGUUCCUGAUGAUAGAAAAGGUAUUGUGGGCACUUUUGACACAGCAGAAGGGAUGACAUAUGAACAGUUGCAGACUCUAAUUGAAGAGGUUUUAGAAGAAACUGGUUAUUACAAUUUCUCUUCUAACAGGUAUCUCUACUAUCAAGGGGACCAAAGAACUACCCAGCAAAAAGGGAGGACUUGUAAUUAUGAACAAACUGUUCAGAACUGUUCCUGAUAGAGUUAAACUUCCUGUACUUCAGCAGAUGCUCCCUCAUUACCAAAGGGACAAACUUUGCUCAUCAAUAGCAUCCAGAAGGAAUUCCAGUGUUGGACAGCUUCAAGAGACCUCACAUGUGAUAUUUUCAGGAUGAUACUGUUAACAGAGAUUUGUUUACAGCAUAAGCACUUUACAAGGAACAUUUGACAAGAUGCUUCCAGGUUUGUACAUUAGGUGGAAAACACAGCUCCCAACAGUACACAUCUUCUAUUUUUAUAAUGUAUUUUUCUUUUAAGAGUUGCUUCAUAGUCAGGUUUUCUGGAACUAUAUUUUAAGGCCUAUAGCCUUUUAAAAUAUCUGGUCAUGUCUUUUAUGGGAAGAAAAAGAGUUUUGUCAUAUCACUGGACAGCAAAUUUAUGUAGGUUCACUGUAUCGGGACUAGAAACAGGUUAAACAUCAUCAGCAUGAUUUUAAUAUUUAGACGUAGUUUUUUUACUGCUGAUAUGACAUGUUAAUAGUCAAAAUUUGCAACUGGCAUAGCUUCUGACAGGACUGUUAUUUUAAAAAUAGCUGUUUUAACUACUCUUUCAGAAUAUCUGUAUAUUAUAUGUCUAUCUUUAGGCAUACAUUGUAUAGAUAUGUGUAUAUAAAAUGUGUGAUGUACAUGCGUAUACAUUUUAUAUACACACUCAGUGACUGUUUUACAGAGAGUAAGUAAAUUAAAUACAUGCUUUGCUGCUAAUCAAAACUAUAGUGCUUAAAAGCACUUUGAGAAUUUCAAUAUUUAUAUGCUCUAUAUUAAGUGGAGAUGAAAAUGUCUCAGUGCAGUAGCAGUGCAGAAGCUAUUUUUUGUCUACAGUUUAGUAAGGAAUACUUAUGAGGGCUUUUCUCUGCAGUUGGUACUGUGGCAGGCAUAACUGUUGAAAGUAACCAGACUGCACUUGGUGACAUAGCCCUACUAACUCUGUUGAAAAUUAUUAACAUUGUGGCCAUUGUAUAAUUACUCAUAAGUAAUUUGAUACAGAGGUAUACUGUGUACACUUCAUAGGCUGGCAAGUGUUUUUGCAGUGGUUUGUUUGUAGCAUAUGAAUGGCUAACUAGCAUUUGUUUCCUAACAAUCCAAGCCAAAAAUAUUCUUUCACCUGUAAAGUGUGGCUUCCACAUCCUGAAUUGUGAAGCAGUGUAAAAUGGCCCAUGGGACAGUAAAAAAAAAUCUAUCCUCUUUUCAGAUGUAUGUAGUGUAGAAAGCCAUCAAGCAGUAUCUAUGCAUCUAUACAGUAGUACAGUCAUGAUAGCAAAGGUCCAUUAAAGACUGCUUUAGAAAUCAAAUGAAAAAGGUAGUCGAUCAUAGUAUAUUCUAUGGUGAAGUCACAGACUGAAGUGUCCUAAAAGAGGAAAACAGCAUGUGCAGUCUUUGUUGAAUAUUAAUAUAUAGGAGAAAAAAAUAGUGUUUUUCCUUCACUCACAUAACUUCUCACUACUAAUUACCACCACUGUGUAUCCUUCAAGUAUCCCCUGCUUUCUUCUUUCCCUGUAUCUGCUGCCAUUGUUAAUACUAAUCCUUUUGUUGUUGUAUGUCCUGAUAUUUGAAAGAGACCUAACACUUGCCAGUGAUGGUCACCAUGUGCCAUGCCUGCAACCUUCCUACCCUGAUCUUACUGAACAUAGACCCAAACUUUAAAUUAUAUUUUUAGGUGUAAUUUUAGCCAGUGACUCCUAGAUGGCUUCUGCUUUAAAGACACAAAUUAAAGACUGUACAUGCUGCAGCUGGACUAAAAUGAAAAUGAAUGCAGUUCUCCUGGGCAUCUUCAAAAAUACUUAUUUCAUAGCUGGCAAACCUGAAGACAGCCAUAGCAUUCUUCCAGAUUUAAAAUAGCAGUGCCCAUAAUUACUGGAGAGUGGGAAACCAUAAGUGUAUAAUUUCACCUGUUUUUUGUAUGUAUAUUUUGAAAGCCAAAGCAAACUCUGUCAUAUUUUGACAUAAAAUGAAUGACUUUCAGACUUCCUGCUUGACCAAGACAUGUGAUUCCAAAGAUACCACCAGCAGGUAGUUACGGUUUUGAAACUAAUAUUAUGUACUGUAGAUGAUACAUUUUCUGCAGUGUAAUCACUAAAAGUCAGAUCCCUUUCUAGUUAAAUGUCUUAGUUUGGCUUUCCUGGAAUGGUGAAAGGGAAUAUGGUACACAGUAUGGUUAAAUUUGAUGGAUUAUAAAGUAAAUCUACACUACAUAUGGCUGCCAGUGGAACUAAUCAUAUUGACUGUUUAUUCAGAAAGACUUAAUUUAAAUUAAAUCUUGAUAUUCUGGUCCUAUUCAAGUUGAAUAUGCAUUCUUAUAAUCCCUUUACAUUCAAAACGGUGUAAAACAAUCCUCACUUAAAAAAAGAAACUCAUUUUAAUACCUUUUUGUAGAAAUAUCAUAUAAUUUAAAAUUUUCAGACUGUAAUGAAUGCUUUAGAAAUGCCUUGGAUCUUAUUAAAAGUAUGUUUUGAAGUAGCAUUGUUUAUUUAAUCUGGAUUAGUGUGAUAGUGUAAAGCGUUCAUUCAUAUUUGAUGGCAUUAUUUUUGUUGAGAAAUAGAUUAUAAUUAAUGAUUCUUAUUGUGCUUAUCUUAAUAUAUUUGUAGUGCUGUUAAUUUUGAAUCAAAUUUUGUACUACUUUUUGUGACUCAAAGAUGGAAUACUGGCUGCCUCUGGUAGCCAACAGAAGAGCGCAGACUUCUCUCCAAUAAACAGAAGAUGGGAGGAGGAUUGGUGGCGUGUUCAGCUGUAUUGAUCAAGGCAAAUCCA